AUGCAUGCACCGAUUGCUGCAUUGCAGGAAACACGCAUCAGGGAUCGGCCCACCAUCAGCACCGACAAUCACACCAUCCACAGCGGCGAUGCUGAUGAAAGGAAAGUAGAAGGAUGUGCAUUAACUGCGAGGAGCAACAACAACAAUGUGGUGGAGAAGUACCGACCAAAGUUGUCAAGAUGCGCCUUCGUGCGAUUGCGGAAUCACAGACGGCUCAAACUCUGGGUCGUUAGUGCUCAUGCACCUUCGGAAACCGCUGAAAACCACAACAAGGGCGAAGGCGAGCGACAUAAACCACGAUUAGCGAGGAACCACCGACAAAGUCGGAGGUUCUGA